UCUGAGCGGGCAACAGCAGUUGAAUGAGGACAGAGAGAAAGGUACAACAUGCAAUAUGAUACUUUGUCACUGUCCUCACUCAGAUCCCGAUACCUGGGAAGGGCUUGGCCCGGCUUUGCUGACCUCAGCUCACCCUCAAACUCUGCUCUCUACCUGCGGGCAGUCCCAGUUUAUAGGCUCUGCUUGGGUGUAGGCACAAUAAGGACAGAAAAGAAGAGAGGCCUGUCUGAUACCUGUUCCUGGGAGGAGGCCCCGAGUGGAAACCAGGGCGCCAUGAGGAAGGUCGUGUGAUGUAAAGGAAGAAGCACAGACCUGGGGCUUAGAACUUUGCUCAGAACGGCAUUAUUGGGGCAGGAGGCCCUGAAGUCUGAACUGGAGCCAUGGAGGGCUCUGUGCUGAGCCCCACGUCCUGGGAGAAACGGCGGGCCUGGCUGCGGCAGAGCCGCCACUGGCAGACCCAGGUCCUGGAAGAGGAGGCUGCGGCCGCCCUGCAAGAUGUCUCAGAUCCUGAGCCUUCCAGCCUGGAUGAUGUUUUCCAGGAAGGGAAUCCAAUCAAUAAGAUUGAAGAUUGGCUGCAGGAUUGCGGAUACUCUGAAGAAGGGUUUUUUGAGGAAACAGGACAGUCAGGCUACAAUGGAUGCCUCAGCCAUGGAACCAGCUUUGAAGAUGACUUGACCCUAGGAGCAGAGGCCACCCUACUGGCCGCCAAUGGCAAAGUCUUCUCCAGGAGCUUCCUGGAGACAGCCCGGCCCUGCCAGCUACUCGAUCUUGGCUGCAGUUUGGCUUCCAGCAGCAUGACUGGUGGGACCAACAAGACUAGUUCAAGCAUCUCUGAGAUUCUGGACAAGGUGCAAGAAGACGCAGAGGAUGUCCUCUUCAGUCUGGGCUUUGGCCAAGAGGACCACAAGGACACUUCGCGGAUUCCUGCCCGAUUUUUCACCACCCCCUCUCAGGCCAAAGGCAUUGAUUUCCAGCUCUUCCUGAAGUCCCAGGUGCGGAGGAUUGAGAUGGAGGACCCUUGCCUCAUGCUGGCCAGCAGGUUUAAGCAAGUGCAAACACUUGCUGUCACUGCUGACGCCUUCUUCUGUCUCUACUCCUAUGUGUCUAAGACACCUGUCCAAAAGUUCACACCAUCCCACAUGUUCUGGAAUUACAACCCAACCGAUGUGCCAUCUAUCAGGAUUCUGGCUCCAGAAUCUGAACCUCACUCACCCAGAGAACGCCUCCGGAAAGCCAUAUCCAAGAUGUGCCUGUAUACAAGCCCCAGAGAUCGACUGUCACCACUCCAUAAUAUACCCAAAAGGAACAGUUUGGACCAAGUGGUAUGGGAAGUAAUGGACAGAGUGAAAGGAGAGAAGCUGGUCUUCCAGCAAGACCCUGGAUUUGGGCCAGGCUCAGAGGAAGAUCUUGUGCCCUUUGUCAGGGAAACAAACCUGCCCACUUCUUCUGGUCCGUGUACCUUUUGCCCGAAAGAGGGGAUGUCCACAAUGCAAGCACUAUCACAGACUCUGGAUCCUAAACCAGAGGCAACCUGUUGCACACAUUCUCUGCCCAGAGCAGAUCUACAGUGGAGCACAGACCCUGCACAGGUAAAGAGAGAGCUUUGGGGUCUACAGGCCACCAAUAAGGAAGUCCAUAGAGCCAACGAUGAGACUUUCUGGGAAAGAAAGAGCAGAGCAAGAAAGAGCUUGUUUCAAAAGAAUCCCAUGGACAGGACGGUUAAGUCAUUGGACCUGUCCAUCAACCAGCAGAGCGAAGAGCAACCAGCCCUGUACCGGUCUCUAACCCCGCAGCUGCAGGACACUUGUGACUUGGAGGAGGUGCACAGCCACGGUGAGAAGGAAGAGCUGCUGGCCCGAUGCUCCCAGACACCUCCACCUGCACCAGACUUCUGCUAACAAAGACUCAAAAAGCUUUCCACGCCACCGUACGUGCUCUGAGAGCAGUGGCUUCGGAGAAGAGCCCAAUGCCACGUCCUAUUGCCCCCAAGACCCAGCUCCUGCUCCCCGGCCCCACAAACCCCUGAACACGGUAGGAGAAAGGCAGCAGGUGCAUGGGAAGGAAGACCGGCCGGAGAGACCUGGAAUCUCUGCCCUGAGCCUGUCGUAAACUGCAUGCCCGGGGAAAGACCCGAGGCACGUCCCUUCAUUCUUCUGUGCAUUGGUUUCCCUACCAUGUGGGUAUUAGCAUACACAAGAUGGACCGUGGUGAACUAGACACGAUUUUCUCCCAAGCUCUGAUACUGCGUAGGGCAGUUAGAGGAUUUAACGGUGGUCAACUUCGGAGAACAAGGAACAAUAUUGCUACUGGAAUAUUCUCAGACUUAAGCUAAAUGAAGAAGGAGAAAUCCCACCUUCAGGCUCUGAAACCUUGGUAUACCUGGCACUGGGGCUCCCAGGAGCCUCUACGUAUCCUCUGCAUCUCGAAUUAAAUUCCAGGAAGUCUCCCACAACACCAGAGUCCUGUUUUUCUGGAAGCCUCUCUCUUAUCCCAAAUUUCUCCCUCGAUGUCAAAUUUUGCAUCUUCAUAGAAGAUAAAAAAGAUGAGUGGGGAUCAGGGUUCCUCCUCUUGGCCAUUGCAAAAAAAAUCAGUAUUUUCUGCUGGCAGAAAACAAAAUACAAAUAAACUUAACAACAACAACAACAAAAAAAAA